AAAGGCUCCCGCUGGCCAGAACAGCAAAAUGAAGGGGGGAUAGGGAGUGAGGUGGGACACCCCUUCCCCAACUCGAGUCGUGACAAGAGAGAGAGGUGUCGAACCGCUGACCGGGGCAACGAUGAAGGGACGGUGGGGUGCAUUGUUUAACGGGACACCCCCUCUGGUUCCUUUGAAAAGGGGGGAAGGGAGUGAGGUGGACACCCCUCUCCCCCCUACUUGAGAAGUCGUAACAAAAGAAGGCUUGAACCGAAUGGAUCUCCUUAGGGCAUCGGCUUACACCUCCUGGUGCGGGGGGGUGUCCUUCCCCUUUAAGAAAUACGGGUCCACCAACGUCAUGACGCGGAAGUGGACGCCGCCUCCGGCCGCUUAUUAACCGCCGCACGUGGCGUGCGGGCCCCUUUCCCCCUCUGCAUUGGCUCUAGCACGGUCAUGGCUGAAUGUGCCCUAUGCUUCAACGUCUACAGCCGGCUUGCGCCUCACCUGACGGCCGUUCACAAGGUGGCCAACUCGGACGAGAAGCGGCUGCUGCUCGCGCUGGCCGCCGGCCGCGUGGACACACGGAAGACACCGUGCCCGGUCCCGGGCUGUCGCCGGACGCCAGCCCGCCUAGACAGGCACUUGAGGCAGCACGCGGAGCUCUCGACCUCGGGAAGGAAAGAGGCCAUGGGGAGGGCGAAACGCCGGAAAGUAGCUCGGGAGUUGCAGUGGCUGCGGUCCACCCAGCCUGCAAUCCCUGUCGUGUCCCAGCUAGCAUCGUCCUCCGAGGGGGAGCGGGACUCGGAGGACCCAGAGGCCGGCCGCCCGUGCGCCGACCGCGGCUGCAGGCGCGCCACCGAGCGCAUACAGGCUCAGCUCACGGACCUGGGGAAACAGGUUACCAAGAUGCGGUCCACCCUGCUCCAAAUCACACGCCUCUACCGGGAGCUAAGGAAGGGAGAAGGGGGGAGAAGGAGGAGGAAGAGGGCCAGGAGAACCAGGUCGCCUCCUGCACCACCGCCUCCCGGGCGAGGGGCGGCCGGAGGUCCGACGCCCCCCGAGCCUCCGGAGGCUUUGGAACCCACUGCCUACCCGUUCCCGGACCACGUCCCCGCGCUGAACCUUCUCUUGGGGGAGUUCGAAGGAUACCAACUGGGCAGCGAGCCCACCCCCCGCCUGCGGAACAACGUCACUUCGAAGCUGGGGAGAAUCAAAGCCUUCCUUGGUUACAUGCCCGAAUCCGAGCGUGGGCCGCCCUGCUAG